AUGAGAUUAAGUUGUGCGCACCCUGGGGAAGAAGGAAAAGGAACCAAUGGGGCGACCAGCUUGUUUAGAGUUCUCUUCCUGUUGCUGCUGGAAACAAACUCUUUCGGAGCAAACGCAGCUGUGACAAGCUGUCCACAUUGCGAGGCGCGGUGCUGUAGUCUUCACAUCCAGCUGUACAAGCAGCUGCGCGUGGACGUCAACUGCACGCAACCUCAUCACGCGGUCAUCGUCGUGGACAAGGAGACUACAACUGUUACCGCAGCGUGCAACGAAACCUCCUUGAUUCACGACAACGGAUGUCUGACGGAUCUGCCUGUCAACAUCUGUGAUUUUCCCUCCAUCAGGGCCGUCAGCCUCCGCUACAACAACCUGACUACCUUUCCCCGCCUCACCUGCCUGCAUCGUUUGCUCGUCCUUAACCUCACCGGCAACGCAAUCACCCAGGUUCCGGAAGGAGCCUUUCACGGUCUCCCCGAGCUUCGCGAGGUCUAUCUGGACGGCAAUGUCAUCACCUCAAUCCAUCCUGACGCCUUCGAUCCACACGUAACUGCCCUUCAGAUCUUCACCAUCGCCAACAACCUUCUGACCGUCGUCAAUCCUUGGCUCUUCUUCCUGCCCUACGAGUUUUGCGAGUUCGAUUUCAGCAAUAAUCACAUAAAGGAUUUAAGUAAUGAGCAUCAUCGAAAUAUCAACAUGUCUGAAAACUACGGACCUGGCUUAGUGAAUUUUUCUUACAAUAAUAUUGUAUCGCCAGGAAAAGAGUUUAUGAAGUUUGGCAUCAAGAACAUCGACCAGACCAUGAAAUUUGUCAUGUGGGGAUUUGAUUUUCGUCACAAUCCUUUCCACUGUGACUGUCAAAUGUACGAACUUAUUGGGCUUUUCGAUAACUUGACACUCUUUGUUUGGGCAGAUGCCUUGAACGUCACGUGUGGUAGCCCACCAAAGUUCAAGGACGUCCCUUUGAACAAAGUACCACUGGACGAGCUGGUGUGCAACGUCACAGAGAACUGCCCGUCGUCUUGCACGUGCACUAAGAGGCCUUAUUAUCAAGACUUGUUGGUGAAUUGUACUUACAAGCGACUGCCGACCCUGCCUGACGACACGCCGGAAGGGAGCCUCACUAUGAACAUGAUUCAAAACGCCAUCACGCGUCUGGACUGGCAACAUUACCUCAAGCGAGUGAUUCAUCUGAACCUGACGGACAACCACCUCCGCGACAUCGACUGGCAGGCGGCGCUGGCGCUGCGGAACGUCAAGACCCUUGACCUUCGCGGAAACGACCUUCACCAUGUGCCCAGCACCUUACAGGUUGUGUCCCCUAACGCGCUGUACCUGGACACCCACACCCUCAGGUGCACCUGUGACUUGGAGUGGUUUGCCGCCUGGGCCAGGUACUACGUCGGUGACAACAUACGAAAGGUCACGUGCCUAUCUGAAAAGGACGGUCGUCACGUGCUGCUGAUCAACGCCACGCGAAAGGAACUCGGCUGUGAAGAAAACAAUGACUCUACCCCUCACGUGACCUUGGUUUCCAUCAUCUUGGUAGUCGCCGUCGUCGUCGCCACCCCCAUCCUCGCUGUGGUGUUUCGUCACGAGGUGUUGGUGCUCAAACAUCGCUUAUUCUACCGUCAUCACACAGAGAAACACUUCCCCGCUCUGCUGGACGACCUUCGCUACGACGUCUUCGUCAGCACGGCCAGCGACAGCGACAACGACGCCACCUGGGUGAGCAGGAUCUUGCUGCCGGCCAUGGACAGACGCCGACUGACCUACUUUGUGCCACAGCGAGACUACCUGCCGGGAGCCAUCCCCAUGGACGAAGUGGUUCAAACCCUCCGACAGAGCAAGUGUGCACUCAUCCUGCUGUCGCCGGACUACCUGGCCCAGCCCAUCUGCUGCUUCCAGUUCCGCCAGGCGUACGACAUGAUGGUCAAGGAGGGUCGCGGUCGCGUCUUCGUCGUGUGCUUGCAGAAGGUCAAGCGGGGUCAGGUGCAGGAUAGGUUCCUAAGAGCCAUGCUCAACCUCAACAUGGCGUACUCAGGCCACUGUCCAGAACAUCUUGACGCUGUCCUCAGUCGCAUAUAAACAUACAGUUGGUGAACCACAUCUGUCGGUUACAUCAUUCUUAACCGUCAAACCACUCUGUAUCCUCUUAAGGAUAGUAUGCUGUUGGGAUCUCUUGCAUAUCUGUACAUUAUGAACGUCACAAUAUGUCAGCAAU